CGGGUGGGAACCCGCGGUGACACGGCUUGACAGAGCCACCCGCGCGGGACACUGGCUGCCAGAGCCACCGGUGAAACAGCGGGGGACACGGGCUGUGAGAGACACCAGGGGAGCAGCGGAGUAUUCGGGCUGCGACACUCACCGAGGCCACCAGCGGGGGACACCACGUUUGCCACAGCCACCGGGCCGCCAGCGGAAUCAUGGCUGCCAUUGAUGAGCGCACCUUCAUUGCCAUCAAGCCCGACGGGGUCCAGAGGGGGCUGGUGGGGGAGAUCAUCAAACGCUUCGAGAAGAAAGGAUUCAAACUGGUAGCCAUGAAAUUAAUACAUGCCUCUACGGACCUUCUGAGGGAACACUACACCGACCUCAAGGACCGGCCAUUCUACAAUGACCUGGUGCAGUACAUGCACUCGGGACCUGUUGUAGCCAUGGUGUGGGAAGGUCUUAAUGUGAUUAAGACUGGAAGAAUGAUGCUGGGGGAAACCAAUCCAUUCGAUUCCAAGCCCGGCACUAUUCGUGGGGACUUCUGUGUCCAAGUUGGAAAGAACAUCAUUCAUGGCAGUGAUUCUAUGGAAAGUGCUGAGACAGAGAUCAAUCUAUGGUUCACUCCUGAAGAACUGGUUGAUUAUAGAAGCUGUGCUCAUGAGUGGAUCUAUGAUUAACACCCAGCCCGGAUCUUCUGAUAUUCCCAUGUCCAUGAGUAGCUGCCAGCCUCUAGCUAUUCCAAAGAAUUCCCUGGUAGAAACCUCAGAAAACAGUGAGAUUGCUCUGUUGUGGAUGUUAAAUAGAGUCAGUGCUUGCUGCUCCUCUGACUUAAAAGCUGUCAAGUUAUAAAUGGAAUUGCACAUUUAAAAAGCUGCUUCUGGGAUUGAGAGAUGAGAUGAAAACACAGAACACAUACCAUAUAUUUUUCUGAAGCAUUUUAUAGUCAUAGAGGGUAUUCUGGUAAACAUUAAAAAAUGGGUAAAAUUUAUUUGGCAAAUAAAUACACAAAUGGCUCAGAGUCAGAGGUUAACUUUGCUAAAACAUUAAGAGGGCAGCUGAUGGUGUGUAAAUGCAUUGAUAAUAUGCUCAAAUGUUGAGGAUUUACUUAAUAUCAAGUCAAGUGUGUCCCCAUUCCUAAAACAGCUGCAGAAAAAAGCCCAUUUCUCUCCCCAGAACAUGCUGUGCCCAUAAAGAAUUCAACUCUGGCUAAAAUGACAACUGGCCUCCACACUGUUUCAACUCACUCUUUUUUCCUUCCACAUGGGAUUUCUGUAGUAUUUUAAGGACAGAUUAACCAGCCAGGCUUGAUGAAAUGUCCUUUUAUGUGAAAAGAAGAUUAAUGUGAGGAUGGAUGAGGGAGAUUCUACCUUUAGCCACUUCAGUGCAGCAGCUCUCUGAUAUUGCACAGAGCAGUAAGUGGUGUUUGCUUUGCCAGCUGAACAGCUGGUAGUUUAGUUGUGCUCUCAUUAGUGUUGUUUCCUCAGUAGCUGGAACUACAAAGCAAAUGGUCCUUGGAUAAGUUGUUUCAGAAGUGACUUUAUCACUAUCAUUUUGUAUUUAUUUAAUGACGUAAAGAAGUGAGUCAUAAUAAUGCAGAAGGUGUUUCAGUUUCAACAGUAAAAACUGGAUGUACUGGAAGAGGAAGUUUGGAUUGAUAUUAUGUAUUUUUUUCCCUGCAACAUUUUAUUCACUAAGCGCAAGAGUUUCAUGGAAUCAGUUGCUCAAGCUCCACGAUAUUUUUCCCCCACAGUGAGUUCUUGUAUCUGAAUACUGAACUAUGCAGUGAAAGUUGAAUUGAAGGCCUAUGAUACCUUCUGGUGGUAUCAAGCUCCUAAAAAAGAGAUGACACAAAAUAAAACAAUAUUUUCUGUUUCUUAAGUGAAAUAAAAUGAAAUUUAAAAUA